CCUCAAUGCUUUUUCCAUGAGAAUUAAAAUGUUCUUUAUUUACUAGACUGAAGCUGUUAAUCCGUAAUAAAGUUCAGACCCUUUUCCUGUGUAUUUAUUCAACAUGAGGAGGAUAGAGCAACGGAGUGCUUACGGUUCGAUUCAAAGGACUUCAACUCGAGCUAUGAUGGAAUGUGAACAUGAACCUGAACCUGAAUCCUAAACUGGGUCUGCACAACCUAAACAGGAACCCUGCAUCUGAACAGGAUGCUUCUCUCCUGCUGUUUCAAGGAGCAGAGAUCAAGGAAAGGAAGCAAGAAGUAUGAUGAGGGAAGCAGGAAGAAUGAUAACGAAAGCAGGAAGAACAAGGAUGAUGAAGAGUGGGGAAUACGUCCACAGGAUGGGGGUCAUCAGUUUAAAAGAGAAAAAACUGGACGUGGUUCCCCUUUAUAUACUGUACACAGCGCCACUCUGCGUUCAGCUUCUCAACUAGAACUUAAGCUGACCCAGGAGAAGCAUCCCCCAUCUAAAGAGACUAAACGACUGCUGAAGCAGCGCAGUCAGGAGAGCAUCAAACAAGAGCUGCUCCACUCCAAGGAGAAGGAGUCAGGUCGAGUUGAGGAACAGCACCUUAGAAAGGAGAAGGAGGACAAUGGAGAAUGGAGUGUACUAAGGACGAACUUCCCUUACAUAGACCAGAGUCCCCUGGAUCAGGGACUAGGAGGGUUCAGGGUACCUGGAGCUGAUCAAACCAACUCUAUAUCUACACUAGGGACCAGAACUGAAACCUACGAGGAUGAGGAGAAAAGAAAAGAUUCAGUUUCAACAAUUCAAUCAGUUUCCUGUCGUAACAGUUUCCUCGGUCCACCCCCAUCCGAUGAGCGAGGAAAGAAAACUAAAAAAGGUUUAUCCAGCAAUGCAUACUCUGUUCCGAACUUGAAUCCCCCCGCAACCUCCCCUUCCACUCUACACCCAUGUCCCUCUCCUCCUCCAUCCACCUCAACUCCACCCCCGUCAUAUCCAACAGAGGUCCAAACGAAGAUGUGAGCUACACCCACUCCCGGUCCAGUUCCCGCCAUAAUUCAGUACAGUACGAGCCAUAUUCCCGCCAUAAUUCGGUACAGUCUGAUAG